ACCCGGCAGCUGCCCUCACACCUCUCGCCGUUCCUAUCCCGGAGGAGCGAACCGCCGAGGGAGAGAGGGGAACGCCGUCGGGCCGGCCAUGCCGCUGCCGCUGGCCAGGGCGAGGAGGGGGUUCUCCCCGCAGCCGCCGGCCCGCCCCUCCUCGUCUCCUUCCUCGUGCAGGUUGCAGCUCGAGCAGGAUGUGCAGGAGCUGCAGAAGGCUCUGCGGGAGGAGACGGCGCUGCACUCCGUGCUCGAGGGCGCGCUCGAGCGCGCCGCCGUCACCCUCGCCGACAUGGCCUACCUCCCCACCAACGUACGCACGCGCGCCGCGGCGCGGUUGCUGAUUCCCCGCCAUGGUGUACGGGUGCUGACGCUACAUGUCUCCUCACUCCCGCUGUCUCUGCAGGCGCAGGAGCUGAUCUCCAACAUCUGCAUCCUGGAGACCGCGGUCACGAAGCUGGAGGAGGAGAUGGUCUCCCUGCAUUUCCAGCUCAUCCAGGAGAGGAACGAGAGGAGGCUCGUUGAGUACCGCCUCAAGCAGCUGCCGCCGUCGGCUUGCUCCUGCCACUCUGGGAAACUCGAACCGGAGGAUGCCACAGGUGAAAAAUGUAAUCAGGGAGAGAAGGUUUAUCCUCGUGCUGUCCUGCAUGAACAAGUUAUGAAGUUACAGAGACAGAUCUCUGUUAAAAGCUUAGUGAAUCCUAAUCAGCUUUCAGAGGACAUCGUCCGCUGCAUGAGGAACAUUUUUAUUUCCUUAUCAGAUUCCUGCAGAGACUCCUCAGGGAAUUCCUCCAUGGAGAAUCAGCAGUCUGUUCCAUCUCCCAGCGGAAACUAUUCAAUUUCUGCAUUCUGGUCUCUCUCGGAACCAUCUUCCAUAUCUUCUUGGGUACAGAGCCCUCAAGUUGAUUUGAACUACAACAAUAAUUUAUUAGCUUCAGAGACCGUUUUUGACCCUUACAAAGCUCGCGACAAGCUUAGCUGGGCUGACAUAGGAACCUACAGUGCAGCGGCUGAAGUUUCAUGGAUGUCAGUUGGGAAAAAGCAACUUGAAUAUGCUGCAGAGUCACUUCGCAAAUUCAGGUUGUUCAUUGAGCAGUUAGCAGAAAUAAACCCUGUUCACCUCAAUGAUGAUGCAAGGCUGGCAUUUUGGAUCAACCUAUACAACGCGUUAAUGAUGCACGCUUAUCUUGCUUAUGGUGUUCCACGGAGUGACAUGAAACUGUUUUCACUGAUGCAAAAGGCCGCAUAUACAAUUGGGGGGCAAUCAUUCAGUGCUGCAUUUAUUGAAUAUGUGAUUCUGAAGACGAAACCACCAAGUCAUAGGCCACAGAUGGCCCUGCUUCUUGCCCUUCAGAAGAUGAAGGUACCUGAGGAGCAGAAAAAAUUCUGCAUUGAGGCACCUGAGCCACUUUUGACAUUUGCUCUCAGCUGUGGAAUGUAUUCUUCUCCUGCAGUGAAGAUAUACACAGCAGAUAAUGUGAGGGAAGAACUUCAAGAUGCACAGCGUGAUUUCAUUAGAGCAUCAGCAGGAGUAAGUCGAAAAGGGAAGCUUCUGGUCCCUAAGAUGCUACACUGUUUUGCCCGUGGUUUUGUUGAUGACAGCAGCUUCCCUAUUUGGAUAUCGCAUUUUCUACCUCAGCAGCAAGCUACAUUUGUUGAUCACUGUGUGUCUCAAAGGCGGCAAAGUCUCCUGGGCACCCGUACUUUUGGCAUCAUUCCAUUUGAUUCUCGGUUCCGGUACCUCUUCCUGCCAGAUACAGGAUCGUUAAAUUAACUUCCAGCAAUAUCCAGAUCGUUGCCCAGAUAACCUAAUUGCCUAACAGCCAACAGAACAUAAGCAGUCCACAUCUACUGUACAAGGCUCCAAGCGCUGUUAGACAGUUGAAACAAGAGAGUAUCUGUCUUUGGAAUUGCAAGUAUAUCUAGGAAACAAAGUUUAUAUCCGUGGAUCAUGGAAGUAUCGACUUCGAGAAAACAGAGCCCACUGGUUGAGAUCUGUGUCACUGGAAGUCAGAUGUAUAUCUUCAGAAUGUCUUAAUAGUUUCCUCUGCUUCGACACCCUGUCGAGUUUCCUCAAAAAUCUGUACAUAUCUUCUCUUCCAAACAAAAUUAAAUUCAUCGUGGUGCUGUUUACCAAA